GGAAGUAUCCUGCGCAGCCCCGUCGACUGCGUUUGUUUUGAUUUCAUUUAAUCCACGCAGCGAGCACAGAAAACUGCAGCAGAGUGCCAGUGUUGAUCAAUGAGAUGUCCUGCACAGAGAGCAUGAUCUCUUUACCUCCCCUCAGGCUCUCGUAAUCAAUGGCAACCUCGGUCCAAACUCUUCCCGUGACGCGUGGUCCCACCCAAAACUUCCGCAGUCCUUUCCCCUCCUCUCCCCUCUCCUCACUCUGCGGCAUGGGAAGCGUAGGAAGUCUGGUGGAGAAGCCAGAUGUGUCUCCGACUAAAGGGAACCGCGCGGUGCCUCAGGUGAGACCCAGACAAACCAACGGCCUGCUGAAGAAAGGCCUGACCCAGAGAGAGCUGCUGAACUACCUCAACAUCACCAGGAAAGAGCCCAAAGCAGGGCCGAGCGGCGACGGCAAGAGGGACGUCAUCGGAGGCCUGGUGGUGGAUGACGUUUUCGCCAAAGUCUACAGUAAAGAUGGAACUGAAAUAGACCUGACUAAAAACUCUCUGCCGAGCGGGGGCAAGUACGAAAAGGUUCGGUUCAGGUCUUCUGCAUUCAAACCCGUCACACCUAAAAACUUCAGCUCCAUGCAAAACCUCUACCCCUCCUCCAAGUCGGAGGAUGUGGAUCACGGCCUUUCCAACGGACUGCACAGAGCAUACGGCCACAUCUCCAAAACAGUCUCCACCUCCUCUUCAUCUUCCUCACCCUCCCGUCAUGGAGGACCGACAUCAUGUGGUAACAAGGCCAUCGCCUCGGUGCAAGUGAUGAGCCACGAGGAUGACAACCUGUCAGACUCGGGUCAUAACUCCAUGAGCAGUCUGCCGCCGUACCGCCCUCCGUUCCGUCCACAUCUGUCUCACAUCAGCGCUUCCAUGGGCCACAUCAACACCAUCGGCUCCUUAGAUCGAACCUCUCAGGGCCUGAAGGCCGCCGGGUCAGGGGGCGUGGCUAUGGGAGAGGUAGCAUGCCGAAGCAUGGCUACCCUAAACCGCCUGACCCCCUAUGGCAGCGAGGCUCCGCCUCCUUAUGAAUGGACGCUGUCCCUCUCGGUGGAGGACGUGGUGCGGGAUCUGGAGGAGCGCCUGGUGGAAAAAGAACAUGAGCUAAAACAGAUGAGGAGGAACCUGGACGAGAGCGAGGGCGCCAUCGCUCAGGUGUUUGAAGGGAAGCAGCGUCUGUGGGAGAAGGAGGUGGAGGAGCUGAAGCGCCUGUACGCCGCUAAGCUGCGUCAGGUCUCGCAGCACGCCCAGCGCUCCCAGCGCAGCAUGCAGUUGGAGCUGUUCAGGGCCCAGCAGGAGAAGAAUCGGCUGCAGGAGGAGCUGGACGGCCUGAAGCGGGAGGCGAGCCGGGACGUCACGGCCGCGCCGAAGCCGACCAGUCCGACUCUGGAGGAGACACGGUGGGAGGUUUGUCAAAAGUCAGGGGAGAUCUCGUUGCUGAAGCAGCAGGUGAGGGACUCCCAGGCAGAAGUGACCCAGAAGCUGAGCGAGAUCUUCAAACUGAAGACGCAGCUGAGGGAAACCCGGAUGGAGCUGCGCAACAGGGAGGCCCAGAUAGACGCUCUGAACAUCAUCCUGCAGGGGACGCAGCGCGGCAAGUGUUCCUCCGCCGAAGAAAGCAAAAAAGGAGCCGAAGAGAGUCCAUCAGCGGGGGCGACAGGUGGCUCCGGGGGUCCCACAGAAGAGCGUCUGCGGGCGGAGCUGCUGCUGGAGCGACGUCAGAGCGAGGCCCAGGCCACGGCCUUCGAGGAGGAGAGGAACACGUGGCAGACGGAGAAAGACAAGGUCAUCCGCUACCAGAAGGAGCUGCAGGCCAGCUACUUGGAGAUGUAUCACCGCAACGAGGCCCUGGAGAGGGAGCUGCAGCAGCUGAGGGCGGGUGGGGCGCGGGAAGGAAGGGGAGACGGAGGAGGAGGGAGCAGAGAUGGGACAACCGAGAAGGAGGCGAAGGAGCCGACAGCUGACAGAGCAGCAGGAAAACAAGAAGAUACACCUUCCUCGAGUCUGCCGUGGAUAGACAGGAUUGAAUCGUCUGAAAUUUGAAUGUGACAACACUUGUUUGCAAUGCAAACUGUUUUCUCUGAAAGCAUGGACCUACGCAAGAGCAAGUCUGCCUGGGACAAAACAAAGAAGAAAAAGAAACGAGACACAAGAUAUACAAACUUGGAGAUUAUAAAAAAAAUAUUUACCAAAUCAGAAUCCUACACAACUGACUAAAUCUCUGAAAAGGAUGUGCUGCUGGGUUUAGUUGUGGUACCAAGUAAUCAAAAUUAAAACUAUAAAGUCAGAAGUAGUGAACCUAAAAUAAGAAAGGUUGACAAAAAAUAAUAAUAAACUAUGCUAAACCUUUGACCCUCAUAGGAGCCACUUUAAAAAAAAAAAGGUACAAAUUGUGUUGAUUUACCUAAAUGAAGUUUGUAAAUUGUGAAAUUUGGGAACUAAAAAUUUUUCAAUCAAAAACAGUAGUUCAGUCAGAAAAAAAGGAAACAUGUCAAUGUGAAACUUUUGACUGACAAUCUUGAAAUGGGUACCCAUUAUAUCAUUUCUCAUGUGUUUUUAACAUUUUUGCUGCACAAAAAGAAGCUUCAGAGAUUCCCAUCUGACCCCCGCACUGCUUCUGCACCUUGAUUGUACUAUUGCCCUUUUCGUGUAAAAGACCGGGACCGACUACAUCCUUCUGGACGUGUUCACACCGACGCUUGUUUGUGCCACGUUUAUCCUCAGCAGAAUAACUCCAAACCGUAAAAUCACAGGAAAAGCACUAUCCAAGACUUUUUUUAAAUGAUCUUAUUGGUGACGAUAACCAAAGCAUUCAAUAGUGAGGUCCCUAGAGAUCCACACAGCAACUAGCUGUUGUCUGGAAUCAGCUUCACUGACCGGUUGGAGUAUAUAUAUAUAUAUAGUAACUGAGUGAAGAAGGUUUAUAGUUUGCUACUUUUAGGAUCAAAGUUGUUUAACAAAGGAGCAUUUUUGCUGCUCCUUCUUCUGCAGUUGUAAUUGCUUUAUACCCAGCUGUCUGCCAUGUUAGGUCAUUCCCACCAUCCACGGGAACAUUUUGUUCAACUCACAAAGGAGAAAGUUGACCAUAAGCCAUCUUCACCAGAUACCAUGAAGGCAGAAUAUGUUGCUUUAGAAAACCAGGAUGAAGUAGGCGUGUGUGUAUUCUCUGUGGCUUUAUUUAGAUGAACUCAAGAAAUCCCCAGCCUACUUAUUUGCAAGCAACAAAUAGAUGAAUGAAUUGAAUGAAUGACAGUGAUGUAGAGCUAGUUGGUACCUAUACAAAAUGUUUUCUUGUUUUUUCCAAGCACAUUGAUCUCAGCCUUGGCACAGUGGAGAAAACGUCCAGAAGUCCUUUUACAAAAGUCCAAGUCUGCGAGAAAGUUGUCAUGGGUUGUUACUAUGGAUAAUCAAUAGGUUUAUAUGGAAGGCAACCAUUAUGGAUUUUGAGGUCGGAGUUGGUGAGAAAGCUCCGACUACAAGAAACUUUUUUGUACGUUUUCCAAAUAUGGGGUUGAAAAUCUAAACUUUCCAAAAACAGAACAACUUCCAUGAAUCCUACAAUGGGUUAUAAUGCAUUAGACUGAGUUUUAUUGUUUAGUAUUUAUAAACACAACAAACCGAUAAAGUGAAAAUUCGGAUUAAAGACGGUAAAGCGGUGGAAACGUACAGAUUAAAUUACUAAAAACCCAGACAGGAGGAUUUUAUCUCCUGGUAUAUUUUAGGGUCGCUUACGGCAGAAAGGCACGGAAGAAAUGUUUUAAACGCCAUUCCGGUUUUGGCUCUUCACAUUAACUGGAACGGUCGAAACUUUAGUAGCGGUCAAAGGUUUACAAAACCCAGAGAACGGAAAUUGGACUGGAAACUCUCAUGGGUGCAUCUCCACUUAUGAUUCUGUCCCUGAAUAAUGUUUGCAGGAACAUCUCUGCACUCGUCUGUCAGCUGAAUUCAUGUAAAAACGCUGCUUUUCUGGUUUUGGUGGAGAAAAAAGAACAAAUAUCUAUCUGGUGCACAUCUCUUGAACAUAUUUCCCUCGUUAGGCCUCCUUUCAGGUGAGAUACACACAUUUUGUACAUACCUGCACUUUCAGUUCGAUUCACCUUCUGUGGUUGUACUCCAAAGAGACUUGUCUUAAAACUGUGAAAUCUGUCAACUUCCAUAUUGUUUGAUUGCAGUAAAAAGGAACCGCUAGCUGUAAAUAAAGGCUAAAUUAGUCCUCCCAAAUGCAUGACUGAUGUAAAAGAAAAAAAAAAAAGUUCUAUUCUGUCUUAACUAUACAUAUUCACAAACCAGCUCUCUGUUAAUCUUUGAAUAUACUGUGACUUGUCAAAUUACUGGAAUUAAAACUGUACAGAAUAA